GGGAAGUGGAGAAAUGAAUGGACCAACCAGAGAUCUGUCUGUCUAAGCCAAUGGAGAUAAGAUUCGUGUCGUCUUUGGCUGCUUAUAAUUAUUGUCUUCCUCAGUGUCCAACCGACCCCACUAUUGAGCCGGGCAACGAUCUCUUUACACAAUUCAACGAAUAAGCAAUCAGAGGUUGCAGCACUUUGCUCUUUACACAACUCAUCGAGUAAGCAAUCAGAGGUUGCAGCACUUUGCUCUUGGGAAGUUGUGCAACAGCAGAUCUUUUUUGCCCCUCAAGAAAAAAAGAGGUUGGCGUUUCAUGUUGUUUAGAUCAGAGGACUGCUGCUACUGAGGAGGACGAGCUUGAAGCCAAGAGGAUUUCAUUUUUGUGCAAAAGCUGAGGCUUUUGUGGAAACAUGGAAGAACAUGAUGGGAUUGAAGAGAGCAGUGUGAGAUUGGUGGGUAGUGGUGGCGGUAGUGGUGGUGGCAGUGACUCCAGGUGGGUUGAUGGGAGUGAACUCGAUUCAGACUCACCUCCAUGGUCUGUGCUUGAAGUAAAUGAGAGCAGAAUAGGGUAUGGAUCCAUGAGGAGGAGGCUGGCGAAGAGGCCCAGGCGAGUUGAUUCUUUUGAUGUUGAAGCCAUGGAGAUUGCUGGCGUUCAUGGCCAUCAUUCUAAGGAUCAAACCUUGUGGCACACUAUUGCAUUAGCAUUUCAAACGCUUGGUGUGGUAUAUGGUGACUUGGGCACGAGCCCUUUAUAUGUCUUUGCUGAUGUGUUCAGCAAGGUUGAGAUCGAGUCAGAAGUUGAUGUCUUGGGGGCCUUAUCACUAGUGAUGUACACAAUUGCUCUUCUUCCUCUAGCAAAAUAUGUUUUUGUAGUGCUCAAAGCCAAUGAUAAUGGGGAAGGAGGGACAUUUGCACUGUACUCGCUGAUUUGCAGGUAUGCAAAUGUUAAUAUGCUGCCUAAUCGUCAGGCAGCUGAUGAACAAAUAUCAAGUUUUCGGCUCAAACUGCCCACUCCAGAGUUGGAAAGGGCUUUAAAAAUAAAAGAGACUUUGGAAAGGAGAUCAACCUUGAAAACCCUUCUCUUGCUCUUUGUUCUGAUGGGAACUUCCAUGAUAAUAGGAGAUGGAAUUCUAACCCCAGCAAUAUCAGUGAUGUCUGCUGUGAGUGGACUGAAGGGUGAAAUAGAAGGCUUUGGUACAAGUGCUGUAGUUUUCACUGCAAUAGUGAUUCUUGUGGGGUUGUUCAGCAUACAGCAGUUUGGGACUGGUAAAGUUGGUUUCAUGUUCGCUCCUGCACUUGCUUUGUGGUUCUUCUCUCUGGGAUCUAUUGGAAUUUACAAUCUACUUAAGCACGAUAUUACUGUUCUAAGGGCAUUCAACCCAGCUUAUAUCUAUUUGUUCUUCAAGAAGAACAGCACAGAUGCGUGGUCAGCUCUUGGUGGUUGUGUUCUAUGCAUUACAGGAGCGGAAGCUAUGUUUGCUGAUCUAGGCCACUUUUCUGUACGGGCCAUACAGAUCGCCUUUACUUGUGUUGUGUUUCCCUGUCUUCUCUUGGCUUACAUGGGCCAAGCUGCUUUUCUGAUGAAAUACCCUACUUCUGCAGACAGAAUAUUCUACGACUCUGUGCCAGAUACUCUAUUCUGGCCAGUUUUUGUGGUUGCUACCAUUGCUGCUAUGAUUGCCAGCCAAGCGAUGAUAUCUGCUACAUUUUCAUGUGUGAAACAAUCUAUGUCUCUCGGAUGCUUCCCAAGGCUAAAGAUAGUUCACACCUCAAGAAAGCGAAUGGGUCAAAUUUACAUCCCUGUAAUGAAUUGGUUUUUAAUGAUCAUGUGCAUUGCCGUAGUUGCCAUCUUUCAGAGUACCACGGAUAUUGCCAAUGCAUAUGGCAUAGCCGAAGUUGGUGUCAUGAUUGUGAGCACCACCUUGGUGACACUUGUAAUGCUUCUAAUCUGGAAGACCAACAUUUUUUUGGCAUUGUGUUUCCCACUUGUUUUUGGAUCAAUAGAGCUCGUCUAUUUGUCUGCUGUGCUAACUAAAAUAAAAGAGGGUGGUUGGCUUCCUCUUGUUUUUGCUACUUUCUUUCUGUGUGUGAUGUACACCUGGAACUAUGGGAGUGUGUUGAAGUACCAGAGUGAAGUCAGGGAGAAGAUAUCCAUGGAUUUCAUGCUUGAACUUGGCUCAACCCUUGGAACUGUAAGAGUCCCAGGCAUUGGAUUGCUAUACAAUGAGCUCGUCCAAGGCAUUCCCUCCAUCUUUGGGCAGUUCUUACUGAGCCUUCCAGCUAUCCACUCUACAAUUGUGUUUGUAUGCAUUAAAUAUGUCCCAGUUCCGGUGGUUCCUCAAGAGGAAAGGUUUUUGUUUCGCAGAGUUUGCCCAAAAGACUACCACAUGUUCCGCUGUGUUGCUCGAUAUGGUUACAAAGAUGUCCGAAAGGAAGAUCAUCAAGCGUUUGAGCAACUUUUGGUUGAAAGCCUUGAGAAGUUCUUGAGAAGGGAGGCUCAAGACUUUGCAUUGGAGAGCAAUUGGAACGAGUCAGAGUUUGAUAGUGUUUCAGUGAGGUCGGGCAGUGACGGGAACGAGGAUCUUAGGACUCCAUUAAUGCACGAUCGAAGACUGGUGGAAGAUGCAGGAACUUCUGCCUCAGAAGAAGCUGGUGCAGCAUUGCCAUCUAGUGUCAUGUCAGUGGAUGAUGAAGACCCAAGUCUGGAGUACGAGCUCUCAGCUCUUCGUGAGGCAAUAGAGUCUGGAUUUACAUAUAUGCUUGCACACAGUGAUGUGAAGGCAAAGAAAAACUCAUUUUUCUUUAAGAAAUUGGUAAUCAAUUACUUCUAUGCAUUCAUGAGGAGGAACUGUAGGGGAGGUGCUGCAGUCAUGAGAGUACCUCACAUGAAUAUCAUUGAAGUUGGAAUGACAAAUAUGGUCUAGCCUGUUUAUCGUGUUCCAGAAUCUGUCUUUUUCGUUUCACUAUUGAUACAAGUUUUUUUUUUUUCAAAAACAGACUAGGAAUCGUACAAAUCUUACCAUGAUAAUUGGCUGCCUCGAGUAAUUUCUUGAAUCCUUUAUAGACUUCCGAAUUAUA